CACAGAAAGCAUCUCCUUGGCAUUGUCACCACAGGACCAUCAUCGUCAUCUCUCUCCCUCUACCCUGUGACGGGUUGUGUGGCCAACUCGUCUCUGUGCCAAUAAGUGUGAGAAGAGUGGACAGCGAGUCCAGGAUUAGGCAUUUUGGUUGGGGUUGUGGAGUCCGUCCCCUCUGUCCUGUGCUGUUCAUCCUUCCCACUCCUCCCUUCACUCCACGCCUCUCCUAUUUCCACCUAAUUCCCCCACAACCCCACCCCAAAUACAAGUGAGGAGGCUAAUUCAUGGUUUAGCUCUCCUCUCAUAAUAGCAAAGCACGGCAUUUGAUGGACUCCCUUCUCUUGGUUCAUUAAUAUAUACGUGGGGACAAGCGGUGUUGCAUCUCCUGUGUGUGAGUAUCGUUGUUCUUGUCUUACACCACCUCCACUCACUCUCUCUCUCCCUCUCUUGUUGUUUUCUCCACCUCUUGCUCUCUUCCCAAGGGGGAUGGAGACUCCGGAGGAAGCCCGGGGCUCCAACAGCAGCGACAGCAUCUCCAACGGUGAAUUGGUUCAAGCUUUGGUCAAGGGUAAGCGCACGAAGCGACCGAGGAGCCAACCACCGCCGCCGGUGGUCGUCGCCGCCGACGCGUCGUCGGCCUCCUCGGCAGAGGCUGCCUCCGGGAUUGUCACGGAGGAGGAGGAGGACAUGGCCAACUGCCUCAUCCUGCUGGCCCAGGGACGCGCCCUGGUCGCGAGGCCUCCGCCGGCUCAGGCGCGGAAGGACGAUGCCGCUGGCCGCGGCGGUGGGGCCGAGAAGUUCACCAGCCGAAGGUUCGCUGAGGCGGCCACCACCACCAACGGCAAGGCCGGGUUCUACGUGUACGAGUGCAAGACGUGCAACAAGUGCUUCCCGUCGUUCCAGGCCCUCGGCGGGCACCGCACCAGCCACAAGAAGCCCAAGCUCGCCCCCCCGCCGACGACGGCCGCGGAGGAGAAGGUCGUGGUCGACGACGAUAUGCUGCAGAUAAGCAUGAAUUCGUUCUCGAAGCCUAUCGGGAGCAGCGGCCAGUCCAACACGAAGCCCAAGAUCCACGAGUGCUCCAUAUGCGGAUCGGAAUUCAGCUCCGGGCAGGCCCUCGGCGGCCACAUGAGGCGGCACAGGCCGCUGGCCGCCGCGGAUGCCCAAGAAGCCAAGAAGGAUAAGAGCUUCCUCUCGCUAGAUCUCAACCUCCCCGCACCGGCCGACGAGGAGCUCCACCGACCGCCUUCGCCCUCCUUCACGUUAGCCAGCAAGCGGUCGCUCAUCUUCCCGGCCCCGGUGUCGGCGUCCGCGUCCGCGUCGGCUUUGGUGGUCGACUGCCAUUACUAAGAACACCUCUCAACCAAUGGACGCCAAUCAGCUGUCCAUCAAUUCUUUCUCUGCUUCUCUUCCCUUCGAUCCAUUACCACUUGUGAUACACCGUGGCUUAUGUGAGCAAUUCAUUCCAUUUCAUUGCAAUUUAAC